AGUUCUGUGCUUUGAUUUUGAAUGAAAUGUUCAAAAGAGUUGUGAUUGGAAUAUCUGGUGGAGUAGAUAGCGCAGUAGCAGCCCUCCUAUUGAAAAAUAAAGGUUUCAGCGUGCAUGGAGUUUUUAUGCAAAACUGGGACAUAAGAGAUGAAAAAGGUGCCUGCUCCAGUGAAGAAGAUUAUGCAGAUGCUCAGUUCAUUUGUGAAAAAUUGAAUAUAAAAUUACACCAUGUGAACUUCGUUAAAGAAUAUUGGACUGAAGUUUUCUCAAAGUUGAUUGGAGAUUAUGAAUUAGGUUUCACUCCAAAUCCGGAUAUCUUGUGUAAUAGAAACAUAAAAUUCAAUUACUUUUAUAAAUAUGCCCUAGAGAAGUUAGAUGCUGAUGCCAUAGCUACAGGGCACUAUGCAAAAACUAGUUUUGGGCCCUAUUUAGAGGAUUAUGAACCCAAUAAAGAUGUUAGGUUACUUUUUGCCAAAGAUAAAAGAAAAGACCAAACCUUCUUUUUGUGUCAAAUAAAACAAGAACCAUUGAGAAAAACAAUGUUUCCAUUGUGUGACAUAACUAAAUCAGAAGUGAAACAUAUGGCCAUUGAGCAUGGACUGGAAAAGAUAGCUGUAAAACCAGAAAGUAUGGGGAUUUGCUUUAUAGGAUCUAGGAAUUUCCAAAAUUUUAUCCAAGAGUAUAUUUCAGACAAACCAGGAAACUUUGUGGAUAUUGAUACAGGGAAAAUAGUGGGGCAGCACAAAGGAGUCCAUCAAUGGACUUUGGGUCAAAGAACAAAGCUCCCAGGAUUGCCAAUGGCAUAUUUCAUAGCCCGUAAAGAUGUGAAAAAUAAUAUAGCUUAUGUUGCACAAGGUACCAAUCAUCCAAUACUGAACUCAGACCUUCUUUUCACUCAUAAACCCCAUUGGAUCAAUAAGCGUCCCACUGAACUGGAAUCAGGAGAUAUUCUUGAAUGCCAGUUCAAAUUUCAACACACUCAUCCUUGGAUACCAUGCCAAGUAUGUGAGACUAGAAAAGGCCUCACAGUCAAACUUUCUGAGGAAGUACGUGCUAUUACUGGGGGACAAUAUGCUGUAUUUUCAAAAAAUGGGGAAUGUUUAGGUAGUGCUGAAAUAGCUAAUGCUGGUGUAUCCAAGUUUUCCAUAGCUUACUCAAAUAAGGAGUUUAUCCAAGAUCACACUGAUGAAAAGAAUAAAAGUGAGGCAGAAAUGUAUUGAUGUAUUUCAUUUCAAUUUUAUUUACUAUAAUGAUCUUUUUUUGAUUUUUUGUAGUUGGGAUCAUGUUUAUCAUGCUUCUUACUUUUCUUAUGACUCUUUGACUUCCUAGACUCAUCAUCUGUGCUAGCAUGAUCAUGUUUUCUCUUUUUUGUUUUCUUCUUUUUUGAACUGGUAUCUUUUUCUGAUUCUUGGUCACUUGUUUUUUCAGUUUUCACAGGCUGAAAUGAAACAUUUACAUAUCAGUUCAAAGUACCUUCUGAAUCUCUUUCAAGUCCUUACCACCUCAUCAAGCUUUUCUUCUUUGAUAUAAAUGGGCAAUCUGAGGGGUAACUUUAUAUCUGCCUCUAUCUGAUUUCCAAGAGUUUCCCUCACAUCUCUUGGAGGACUCUUCUUCUUAACUGGUAUGAGCUGAGGAGCACAUCCAUCAGAAUAUAACUGCUUUGUCACUUCAUCUGUCUUUUUACCCUCCUUUGGUACCUUAUAACCAGCUACAUGAUCAACCCUGAUAAUUCUGUUCAAUAUUUUGAUGCCAUUGAAGUUGUCAACUGCCAAUACAGUUGAUCUCUGAUCCUCAUAGCAGAGGAAACAGAAACCUUUGGAUUUGCCAGUGUCUUUUUCUCUGAUGAGAUUAAUAUU